AUGCGCCGCCGCUUCCCGCCCUCCGCCGGGCUGGCGGUGGCCCCGGCGACGCAGGGGGGGCUGGCGGGCAUCUACGACGGGGAAGGGUUUGUGUUCGAGGAGAGCGGGGAGGCGGCGCAGCUGUACCACGUCACCUACCGCACGGCGCAGGGCUUGACGGGGGACACCUACGACCUGGUGGUGAUCGCCGCUCCGUUGGGCGCCCCGUUGGCCAACAUCUCCUUCUUGAACUUCCAACCUCCCAUCCCGUCCUUUCCCAACCCUUACCACCAAACCGUCGCCACCUUCGUCCACGGCCGCUUAAAUUCCUCUUUUUUCGGUUACCGGGAUCCUUCCUCUUUCCGUUUGGGCGUCAUCUUCACCACCGACAACCCCAACCUCUUCAUCAACAGCUUGGGGAUGGUAUCUCCAGUUGAGAAGAAAGACGACGAUGACGACGAUGAUGAAAAAACCACCCCUUUGGCCGUCUGGAAAGUGUUUUCUCGGGAAGAACUCACCAAAGAGGAGUUGGAUUUGCUUUUUGUUUCUUACGAUUCGGUGAAAUCCAAGAAAUGGUUGGCGUACCCUCGGUACGACCCCCCGGAGAGGUGUCCUCCCAUCCUUCUCCAUCGGCACCUCUACUACCUCAACGGCUUGGAACGCGCCGCCAGCGCCGCCGAGCUCAGCGCCGUGGCCGCCAAAAACGUCGCCCUUUUGGCUUUCCACCGGUGGCACGGCAACCCCCGCGCCGUCGACCAGCAGGAUCUGGAGGAGAAGCUGAAAACCGAGCUCUGAAAACCCCCCCUAAUUAAUUAAUUAAAGGUAACGAAGGAGGAAUUCCUCAUUUAGCGUCUUCCAACCCUAAAAAAAAAAAA